AUGAGGGUGUUGGUUUCUAUCCUGCCCUCCCCAGAGCACAUAGCCCUUGGGGAGUUUGGAUAUGGUGACCCUGGUUGUGACCCCAGUCCCUGCGGGUAUCUCAGGGGGAGUUUGGAUAUGGUGACCCUGGCUGUGACCCCAGUCCCCGGGGAGUUUGGAUAUGGUGACCCUGGCUGUGACCCCAGUCCCCGCGGGUAUCUCAAGGGGAGUUUGGAUAUGGUGACCCUGGCUGUGACCCCAGUCCCUGCGGGUAUCUCAGGGGGAGGGGAGUUUGGAUAUGGUGACCCUGGCUGUGACCCCAGUCCCCGCGGGUAUCUCAAGGGGAGUUUGGAUAUGGUGACCCUGGCUGUGACCCCAGUCCCUGCGGGUAUCUCAGGGGGAGUUUGGAUAUGGCCCAGGGUCUGUUACCCUGGUGCUCUGCAGCAAGGUCCAGGGUCUGUAACCCUGCUGCUCAGCUCGGCUCCGGGCCUGACACAGUACUAUGGCAAGGCUCCAGGCUCUACUUGGGCCUAUAUCCAGAGAUCCAGACUCCUGGGAACAAUCAUAGAAAUGCAGAUCAUAGAAAUGCAGAUCAUAGAAAUACAGAGCACAGAAAUGCAGAUCAUAGAAAUGCAGAUCAUAGAAAUGCAGAUCAUAGAAAUGCAGAUGAUGGAAAUGCAGAUCAUAGAAAUGCAGAGCACAGAAAUGCAGAUCAUAGAAAUGCAGAGCACAGAAAUGCAGAUCAUAGAAAUGCAGAUCACAAAAAUGCAGAUCAUAGAAAUGCAGAUCAUAGAAAUACAGAGCACAGAAAUGCAGAUCAUAGAAAUGCAGAUCAUAGAAAUGCACUGUUUUCACAUACAACUGAUCCCUGCCUGCAUCCCGCCCCAGGCUCCACGCCGUAUCCUCGAGGAGGAGGUCACCGUGCGCCUGUCCUCCAGUAGUGACACCAUCAUUCUGCAGACCCCUCCCGUGCCCCCCCGGGUCUCUCAGAUGGACCACCCGUACGAGCGCGUCUUUCUCCUGGACCCUCAGUACCAAGACCCAGCCGGCCUCAGGAACAAGCUGCCUGAACUGUCUCGGAGUGCAGAGACCUCAGCAUGUGGUGGGGGCUAUGCGGAGCCUGAUGUCACCCAGUGCACGCCUCACCAGUGCUUCCAGAGCAGCGUGCCGCACUACGCCGAGACGGACAUCGUAAGCCUGCAGGGUGUGACAGGCAGUAACAUGUACGCCGUGCCCGCACUCACCGUCGACUCGCUCACCCGCAAGGACAUCUCCGUGGCAGAGUUCCCCCGCCACCGGCUGCUCUUCAGGGAGAAGUUGGGGGAGGGGCAGUUUGGGGAGGUCCACCUGUGUGAGGCUGAGGGUCUGCCUGAGUUUCUGGGGGAGGGCGCCCCCCUUCCCGACCGAGACGGACGGCCUGUACUGGUGGCGGUGAAGCAACUGAGGGCAGACGCCACCAACAACGCCAGGAACGACUUCCUGAAGGAGAUCAAGAUCAUGUCGAGGCUCAACGACCCCAACAUCAUCCAGUUGCUGUGUGUGUGUGUGAGCUCAGACCCACUGUGCAUGGUGACUGAGUACAUGGACAACGGAGACCUCAACAUGUUUCUGUCACAGAGAGAGAUGGAGAGCACCCUGACCCACGCCAACAACAUCCCCGCAGUCAGCUUGUCAGAUCUCCUGCACAUGUCAGUGCAGAUCUCAUCCGGCAUGCGCUACCUGGCCUCUCUGAACUUUGUGCACCGAGACCUGGCCACACGCAACUGCCUGCUGGACCGCAGACUCACCAUCAAGAUAGCAGACUUCGGCAUGAGCAGAAACCUGUACAGCAGUGACUACUACCGCAUUCAGGGGCGAGCUGUGCUGCCCAUCCGUUGGAUGGCCUGGGAGAGCAUUCUACUGGGUAAGUUCACCACGGCCAGCGAUGUGUGGGCCUUUGGCGUCACCCUGUGGGAGAUCUUCACUCUGUGUAAAGAGCAGCCUUACAGCCUACUGUCAGACGAACAGGUCAUCGAAAACACUGGCGAGUUCUUCCGGAACCAGGGCAGACAGAUCUUUCUAUACGCCCCACUGCUCUGUCCUCCCUCUCUAUUUGAGCUGAUGAUGCGUUGUUGGGACCGCGACAUCGCCGAUCGACCCACCUUCGAGGGGUUGUACCAGGCCUUACGACCACACGUGGUCCAGUGAACUUUGAACCCUGGCACAACCAACGGGCUGUCCUGAGUGAGAGGUCUAUUUAGCCUGAAUUCUCUUCUCUUAACCCCUCUGACUGACAGACAGAUGGACAGACGGACAGGCAGGGAGACAGACAGCGGGGAGGACUGGAAGAGGAUGCAGCGAUGUUGUCAUUUUAAGAGAGCAGGAAGUGGGUUGAGGUUAUCACUUCCAGAAUGUGGACCACUUCUUUCAUAUUUCACAUUCUUCAGUGAUGGACUUUAAUCAUUUGAAAUCCAUGAAAAAAAGCUCUCACCCUUUUUGUCUGUUGAUGGUUUGUGUAAAUUGAAUUCUGUUCAUCCAUCUUUAUACAGUAUGUUGUGUUUUCACAUGUUGAUGUUGUAUGGUAGGCCUACCAAAGAAAACAUAAUGUCCCUAAUACCUGGCCUAGUAAGAAAUGGACAACUGGACAAAUGCUUUUGUCUUGAGGUUCUGUGUUUUGGUGUGUAAAGCACUGCUGCCUGGUCGUCUUCCAUUGAUCCAUUGUUCCUUUUAUUAACCCCACACUGGACUAUGAUCAUGUUGAUUUGUUUGACUCAGAUUUUAUUGAUCUUUUUGAAUAUGAAUGUUCUAUAGGACAGUUUGGAUAAGGCCUUUGGCUAAAGCAGAACUACUGUCAUAGCUAGAAUAGGACCCUAACCCUCUGACCCUAAGCCUCUGACCCUAACCCUCUGACCCUAACCCUCUGACCCUAACCCCCUGACCCUAAGCCUCUGACCCUAACCCUAACCCUCUGACCCUGACCCUAACCCUCUGACCCUAACCCUCUGACCCUAACCCUCUGACCCUAACCCUGCUUUAGAGGGGGUUGGGGAGCCACAAUGGACUGAUGAUGAGGAAUAGAAAGCACUGUCCCCUUGGAGAUGUCUAACGCAAGGCACUGUCCCCUUGGAGAUGUCUAACGCAAACUGUGCAGCCUUAUCAGAUAGCAUUAAAGCUAGUUAGCAUUAUUAGAUGUCAUUAGCUAUCCCCUACAGAGAUGCAGUCUUCUGGAUUGAGUAGCUGGAGGCUGGUUAGCGUUGGUCCAGGGGCGUUUGUGCGCGUUCCAGUGGAGGAACACGCACUGACGGUGACGUUGACCAGAGCUAGAAGCUGGACAACGGUGACGUGGACCAGAGCUAGAAGCUGGACAACACUCUUUACGAGUAUACAGUAGCUAGCAUGUUGCUGUGGCCAAGCCUCUGACCAUACAGUAGCUCGCAUGUUGCUGUGGCCAAGCCUCUGAUCACACAGUAGCUAGCAUGUUGCUGUGGCCAAGCCUCUGAUCACACAGUAGCUAGCAUGUUGCUGUGACCAAACAGCUGUUGUGUUCACAGCUCCGCCUUCAGAAGAAUUGAGCCAUAGCAAUAGAAUUACUGCUGUACAUCCCUGUUCUAGGGAACAGGGAAGUUACUGCUGUACUUCCCUUCGCCUGUUCUAGCACACAUAUUUCUAUGAUUGUAGCUGGCUUGCAUAGAAUUCAUUCUGAGUUGCAGGGGAUUGAAAUGAAGGUUAACCUUAAUUGUGGUUGUAAAUAUAACUGAAAAGCGAUCUCUGUGUAGAUGUCACAUGUCCAUUGGGUGAUCAAUCGAUAUUGUCAUGUUAGUGUAAAAGUUUUAAAAAGCCAAGUUUGACUUUUUUUGUUAUUUCAAAACAUUAUCCCCCCCCCCCCCUAUUUUAAGUACAUUUAUUUGUAUUGCUGCAUCCUCUGUUGCCACAAUAUCUGAGUGAAUGAACAGGCAUCAAGUGUUUAAAAGUGGCUGACACCAAAGAUCUCAACAUUGAAAUCAGCUUCUGACAUUUCUUGUGUUGUCAUUGUUAAGGUUAUUAACAUUAAUGUCGAUGUGUUGUGUUGUUCACCUGUACUGUAUCUGAUGCUUCACGGUGUGUCUGUGUCUGCUGGGAGGAGGGGCUCUGCUGAGAGGAGGGCUCUGCUGAGAGGAGGGGCUCUGCUGAGAGGAGGGCUCUGCUGAGAGGAGGGCUCUGCUGAGAGGAGGGGCUCUGCUGAGAGGAGGGGCUCUGCUGAGAGGAGGGGCUCUGCUGAGAGGUAGGGCUCUGCUGGGACGUAGGGUUGUGCUGGGAAGAGGGGCUCUGCUGGGAAGAGGGGCUCUGCUGAGAGGAGGGCUCUGCUGAGAGGAGGGCUCUGCUGAGAGGAGGGGCUCUGCUGAGAGGUAGGGCUCUGCUGGGACGUAGGGUUGUGCUGGGAAGAGGGGCUCUGCUGGGAAGAGGGGCUCUGCUGAGAGGAGGGCUCUGCUGAGAGGAGGGCUCUGCUGAGAGGAGGGGCUCUGCUGAGAGGUAGGGCUCUGCUGGGACGUAGGGUUGUGCUGGGAAGAGGGGCUCUGCUGGGAGGAGGGGCUCUGCUGAGAGGAGGGGCUCUGCUGGGAGGAGGGGCUCUGCUGAGAGGAGGGGCUCUGCUGAGAGGAGGGGCUCUGCUGGGAGGAGGGCUCUGCUGGAUGUGUUAUGUGUAUGUUUGACAUUCCACGGAGCACUGGGGGAAGUGGUUCAACUUGAAGUGUGUUUACAUGCCCCGUUGUUGUGCAGUACAAUCUGCAACGCAUGGAGAGGGGAGGGAGGGAUGAAGGGGGAGAGAGAGAUGUAAAAGAAACCACUAAACUCAAUAUCCCAGAGGUCUUUGCUGAAGUGAGCCUGUGUUAGCUAAUGUUCGUUGGUAAAGAUGAAUCCCUUAAUGCUGGUCCAGACAGAGUAAAUCGUGUUUUUUUGUUUUCCAUUGGUUGGUUUUGGAUAGAAGAAAGCGGAUUAUUGACCCGAGCUCUGUAACACUUCCUCUCCGGAGUGGCUUUCUCCACUUUUUUGGUUGCCAUGGAAGCACAACUGUGGUAAAGGAGGUUUUGAGGGAAAGGUUGGAUUGAGCCUGUGUGCAUGUGGCAGUCUGCUAGACUUAGAGUCUCUGUACUGCGUGUUUGUACGAGUGUGAAAACCCAAAAGGGUUUAGUGUUUGAAUGCAUAACGGGUGGUAAUGACUGGUUGGUUUGGUGUUUGAAUGCAUAACGGGUGGUAAUGACUGGUUGGUUUGGUGUUUGAAUGCAUAACGGGUGGUAAUGACUGGUUGGUUUGGUGUUUGAAUGCAUAAGGGGUGGUAAUGACUGGUUGGUUUGGUGUUUGAAUGCAUAAGGGGUGGUAAUGACUGGUUGGUUUGGUGUUUGAAUGCAUAACGGGUGGUAAUGACUGGUUGGUUUGGUGUUUGAAUGCAUAAUGGGUGGUAAUGACUGGUUGGUUUGGUGUUUGAAUGCAUAAGGGGUGGUAAUGACUGGUUGGUUUGGUGUUUGAAUGCAUAACGGGUGGUAAUGACUGGUUGGUUUGGUGUUUGAAUGCAUAACGGGUGGUAAUGACUGGUUGGUUUGGUGUUUGAAUCCAUAACGGGUGGUAAUGACUGGUUGGUUUGGUGUUUGAAUGCAUAAGGGGUGGUAAUGACUGGUUGGUUUGGUGUUUGAAUGCAUAAGGGGUGGUAAUGACUGGUUGGUUUAGUGUUUGAAUGCAUAACGGGUGGUAAUGACUGGUUGGUUUGGUGUUUGAAUGCAUAAGGGGUGGUAAUGACUGGUUGGUUUGGUGUUUGAAUGCAUAAGGGGUGGUAAUGACUGGUUGGUUUAGUGUUUGAAUGCAUAACGGGUGGUAAUGACUGGUUGGUUUGGUGCCAGGUGAUAGAGGACACUCUGAUUUUUCUCUUUUCUAUUCAUCGCUUCAGUUUAGAAACUCUUCUCAUACAUACGUGGCUGACUUGUACAUAGUGUAGUCAGAGUAGAUUUGUAUAGUAAUAUAUUGGGUGCUGAGGAGAAGAUUCCAGCCCCAUGACAGUUUUCCUCUGAUCUUUUCUUUCUCUUUGUUUCUUAUAUUAAAAUCAAACUUGACAAACGG